AUAUAUGUAUUUUGUUUUCAGAUUAAAUUAACCUAUAAUGAAAUGUUUUCAUUAUAAAAGAUAAAACCUAGAACCUGGAUUCUGAUAUUCAGAAUGAAUUAGCAGGGGAUAGAUUGAAGUUAUAAGAUUGGUAGUUCUGGAAGUAAGUUUAAACAUCGGGGAGUUCUUCCCUCGCCUCCCAUAUCCUUGUCAGGCAAAUUGUUUUUUGAUUUUGACUGUCCGAUUCCUAAGAUGGAUGAUUUAAUGGAGACAACAGAGCCUGACUCAACUACGAUCAACAAUGGCGUGGUUGAUGAACCAGAGCCUAUUGAGGAGGAUGUUGAUCCUAAACCGGAGGCUGAGGAGGGACCUGAGGAUGACGACGAGGCCAGAUCGGAGGCCACCUUCAGUUUCAAGGUUGAAAACUUCUCUCAGCUAAGCGAUUCCGCUCUCUCCCCACAUUGUAUCAUCAGGAACCUUCCCUGGAAAAUCAUGAUUAUGCAGAGACAAAACCAAAACCAGGAAAGAUCUGGAAAGAGUCUUGGCUAUUUUCUCCAGUGUAAUGGAGAGAGUGAGAGUGGCGCCUGGUCCUGUAACGCUAACGCAGAGCUGCGUAUGAUCAACCAGAAGGACGGGACUAAAUUCAAGAGAAAUAUUUUCCAUCUAUUCUACAGUAAAGAGAAUGACUGGGGUUUCUCUCAUUAUAUGUCCUGGAAUGAUGUUCUUGACCCAGAGAAAGGGUUCAUUAAGGAUGACACGGUGAUAUUUGAAGUGAAGGUGAACGCUGAUGCUCCUCAUGGUGUCUCCUGGGACAGUAAGAAGCAUACAGGAUAUGUUGGAUUAAAGAACCAAGGAGCAACAUGUUACAUGAAUUCUCUACUACAGGUUCUAUAUUUCACAAAUCUACUUCGGAAAGCAGUUUACAAGAUGCCAACAGAGUCAGAUGACAGUCAGAAGUCAGUUGGAUUAGCUCUGCAGAGAGUGUUCCAUGAACUCCAGUUCCUUGAUAAACCUGUUGGAACUAAAAAAUUAACCAAGAGUUUUGGUUGGGAGACCCUGGACAGCUUUAUGCAGCACGACGUUCAGGAGUUCCUCAGAGUCCUUCUUGAUAAACUAGAAAUAAAGAUGAAGACGACAUGUGUUGAGGGAACCAUUCCAAGAUUGUUUGAGGGUAAGAUGAUGUCGUAUAUCAAGUGUAAGAACGUGGAUUAUAAAUCUACUAUGUCGGAGAGUUUCUACGACAUCCAGCUGAAUAUCAAGGGGAAGAAGAGCAUCCUGGAAUCCUUUCAUGAUUAUAUACAAACAGAAACAUUAGAUGGAGAUAAUAAAUAUGAUGCCGGAACCUUUGGACUUCAGGAUGCUGAGAAAGGAAUAAUAUUUGAGAAGUUUCCUCCGAUCCUUCAUCUUCAUCUUAUGAGGUUCCAAUACGAUCCUAUCACAGACUCAUCCGUCAAGUUCAAUGAUAGAUGUGAGUUCUCCGAGGUUCUAGAUCUUUCCAAGUUUCUCCAGGAUCCAUCAGGGGACACGGAGGAGUACAAGUACAGACUGCAUGCUGUUCUAGUUCACAGUGGAGACAACCAUGGUGGACACUAUGUAGUGUUUAUAAACCCCCUGGGUGACGGAAGCUGGUGUAAGUUUGACGAUGAUGUUGUGAGUAAAUGCACGAAAAAAGAGGCAAUAGAACAGAACUUUGGUGGGGAUAGUGAGGAUACCACAGCUGUACGCCACUGUACCAACGCGUACAUGUUGGUGUACAUUCAGCAGACGAGGUUAGACGAAAUACUUGGAAAGGUCGGGGAGGAGGAUAUUCCAGAGGCUCUCAGUUCGAGGCUGCAAGAGGAGAAGAAGUUGGAGGCCAUCAGAAGAAAGGAGAAGAAUGAGGCGUAUCUUUACAUGACUGUCAAGAUUGUUCUGGAGGAUUCCUUCUAUGGUCAUCAAGGCAACGAUCUAUUUGAUCCUGAAACUGUUCCAAGUAUAGAGUACAGAGUGAAGAAGGCCUCCACGUGUAAGGAGUUCAUGAACAUGCUUGCGGAGGAGUUCAGGUGUAGAGUAGACAGAAUAAGACCCUGGCCCCUAACUAUCCGGAAUAAUCAGACAAUGCGACCAACUCUAGCGGAGAUGGAUGAUGGUGAGAGAAGUAUGACAGAGGUAUCAGACAACCUUCAACCUUGGUUUGUAUUCCUUGAGAUGUGUCCUGCUGAUCUACCAAGUAUAUCUCUACCUAUCUUCGACAAGGACCAGGACGUUGUCCUUUUCUUUAAAUACUACUGUCCCAGGACUAAGAAGGUUCUUUAUAUGGGACACCAGUAUCUACCUAUCACAACUAAACUGUCCAGCAUUUUACCAAAACUAUGUCAGAAAGCGAACCUCCCACCACCUCCACAAUCUAAAUUAAUUCUUUGGGAGGAGAUCAAACCUAAUAUGUUGGAGAAAAUAGAGGAUGUUGAUCAACCCCUAGAGCAUAUACUCGAGGAGGUACAGCUGAUGGAUGGAGAUAUUAUAGUUUAUCAGCUGGAUCCCCCGGCUGAUGCUGAUUAUGAGCUACCAACAGCACGGGAUUAUUUCCGUGAUCUUUUCUACAAGGUUGAAGUAAAUUUUUGUGAUAAAAAUCUGCCUAAUGAUCCCGGGUUCAAUCUUCAGCUAUCACAGAGGAUAAAUUAUGACCAGUUGGCGAAGAAGGUUGCAGAUCAGUUAGAAACAGAACCAGAUCUUCUUCAGUUCUUUAAAAGUCAGAGCUAUAGAGAUGGUCCGGGACAGGCUUUAAGGUGUAAUUUUGAAGGAACUUUGAAGGAUAUUAUUCAAUACUUCAGACCGAAACAGGUGAAACGUGUAUAUUACCAACGUCUACAGAUCUCUAUAAGUGAACUAGAGAAUAAGAAACAGUUCAAAUGUCUCUGGAUCUCCAGUAAUCUCAAGGAGGAGAAGGAAUUAGUUCUUUAUCCCAACAGAAAUUCCAAUGUUGGCGACUUAUUCGUGGAAGCUCUUCGGAGUGGUCAGCUUGAUCUCCCUGAGACUGGAGGAACGAAGAAACUUCGUCUUCUUGAGAUAAUCUCAAACAAGAUCUUUACAAUCUGCGGGGAGGAGAUAUCCUUAGAUGUUUUACUUUCAGCACAGGGUGGAGCUACGAAAAGUUUUCGUCUCGAGGAAAUACCAGCUGAUGAACUAAUCCUGGGAGAAGGAGAAAUAUUGGUUCCUGUAGCACAUUUUAGUAAAGAGGUUUAUACCACAUUCGGCUCACCUUUCCUAAUUAAGGUUAAAACGGGGGAUACAGUGGAGAGUAUAAGAAGAAGGAUACAAGAAAGAAUAUCUGUAUCGGACAAGGAAUGGGAAAAGUAUCGGCUGGCUGUUGUACUCAAUAUGAAACCUCUUUACUUUGAGGAAAAUGAGAAUAAACACUUGGAUAUCAAGGAUUUCCGUGGUGUACCUCAGUACGGUAGCUCAUCAGCUGGUCGACCCUGGAUAGGUUUAGAACACGCUAAUAAGGCAAAUAAGAGAUCCCGCUACAGCUAUACAGAGAAAGCAAUCAAGAUCUACAACUAGACUCCCUCCCCUCCAUCACAUCUUUCAUCUAUAAUCCAUACUACUCACACACUUUAUCUUACCUCCUGGUUCUCUCUGUCCCACUCUAUACUCACUCCCUGGUCAUACCUGUCAUCUAUACUCACUUACCCCAAUGGGCCUUUUUGUCCUACUCUGUACUCAUCCCUUGGUCCUAUCUGUCCUAUUUACUCACCCUACCCUCUGGUCCUGUGUGUCCUACUCUUUACUCAACCUCUGGUCCUGCGUGUCCUCUUACCGUAUUUUGAAACCCCGCGUGAAAUUCCAAUGUAUUUAAAUUAUUUUCCUAUUUAUAUAUUCCUCAACGAUAUAUGACUAUAUAUGUAUGUGUUGUCAGGUUAAAAUGACGUAGUGUGCAGUAAGCUCAAACUGUUUAUUUUAGUUGUCAGUAUGCCCAUUGUAAUGGGGGGGGGGGGGNUUUUAGAUUUUUGCCAGAAAAAUGGAGGCUUAUUCACAACCACUUUAAUCCAUAAAAUUGGUAAUUAAUAUCCAGCUGAAGUUGGCUUCCAAAUCAACAGUCAAACGAACUUGAAAUUAAAUGUUUUUGAGGUGUUAAAACUAACAACAUCAUUUAAAAGGGGUAUUAGCUAAAAGAAAAGGGCGUAUAGGAUUACUCAUAGGUUUCAGGAUUCAUAUAAAGCUCAAUCAUUCUACAGCCGAACAUUUUUACGCCAACUCUCUUUUAAUAAAUUCACAUAUAUUAUUUUGAAUGGGUUAAGUGGAACAAUCGAUAUCAAAUGUUUCGGCAAUAAUUUAUUAAAUAACUUUUU